AUGAAGUGCUUUGGUUUGCAAGAGAAGCGCAACUAUCACUGCAAGAUUGUUCUGCUCGAUGAGACACAACUGAUCCAAGAGAUUCAAGACACCUCUCGUGGACAGGACGUCCUCGACGUGGUCUUCAAACACUUGAAUCUCUUGGAGACGGCAUACUUCGGGCUCCGAUAUAUCGAUGCCAAGGGUCAGCCGUAUUGGCUCGACUCUGGCAAACGUGUCAUCAAACAGAUGCGAGACAUCAAUCCAAUCACUCUCUACUUUAACGUCAAAUUUUAUGCCUCAGAUCCGUGCAAAUUGCUCGAAGAGAUCACUAGAUAUCAGUUCUUCCUGCAGAUCAAAGGAGAUAUACUUCAAUCCCGACUUCCCGUACCCUUUGAUUUGGGCGCUCAACUGCUCGCAUAUGUGGUUCAGUCCGAGUUAGGAGACUAUGACUAUAAGCGCCAUCAGAGCGGCUAUAUAUCUGAGUUCAGGCUUUUGCCCAAUCAGACCAUCGAAGUUGAGUCCAAAUGCAAUGAAUUACAUAAGAAACUGAUGGGUCAGGUGCCGGCCACCGCCGAAACCAACUUUUUGGAUCGAGUCAAAUGGCUGGACUUGUAUGGGGCAGACCUGCACCCAGUGUUGGGCGAAGACAAUGUCGAGUACUUCAUUGGUUUGACGCCCAGCGGAGUGAUUGUAUUGCGGAACAAAUCCAAAGUCAGUAAUUAUUUUUGGACCAGAAUUUUGAAGAUUAUCCGAAAGGGAAAGUAUUUUAUGCUUAAAGUUGUGGAUAAUAACAACGAGGAGAAGACAUACGGCUUUGAACUGAGUAAUAAGGCUGCGAGCAAACAGAUCUGGAAGUGCUGUUUACAACACCAGGAGUUCUUCAAAUUGACUCAAAACUCAUCCCAAACUAAGACAAAACCCGGUUUAAGUCGAUUCCGGAGAAACACUCCGCUAAGUAAUAUGAGUGACAAUCUCAUGGAAAGAGCGCCGCCAACAGUGGUUAGGGUUGCGAGUCGUCGAUAUCAGCGACGGAUGCGUCAGCCCGACGGCGCCGACGCCACCGCUCUCGAUAAGGACGAGGCUUAUAAAGAAAAUGGUUAUAUAGAAGUGAAAGCAAGUAUUCCGAUGCCGACGACCAUAAACCGACACAAUUCAAGCCCAGCUCUAUAUAAACCGCAUUCACUUCAUAGAGACACUCAAUCAUUGAUCGGUAGUCCAUAUAAUACUCACAGCGAAAGGGGUUUGUUCUCAAACUCGACAAACCAUUCGCCGCGUUCAGUCAGAAGCGCCUCAUAUAUUGCCACUAACUAUGGAAUGACACCAUUCCUCGACUUCUAUGAUAAUAAUUAUUCACACGUUCGGCGAAAUUCUUCGUCUAAUGUAUCGAAAUCAAGAAAUUCGAGAUAUUCUGAUAAUGAGAGCGAAGUUAGCAAAUGUUCGCGUUCUUCGAGAAAUUCACGCCACUCUCAGCAUCGAUGCAGACAUAGGAAACAGUCCGAAGACAGCGGAACAGAAUCUGAUUCCUCGCGAAAACGUCGACACCGAAGAAAACACAAACAUUUGAAUGGAAAUAAUAAUUCCUACAAAUUAGUCGAUUCUGAGUCUCAAUGGAAAGAUUUACAGAAAAAGCAAAAACAAGUGAACGAAGAAAUCGAUGGACAAUAUAUGCGACCAAAUAUGGCUCAAAACGCAGUCGUGCGACACGUUUCCGGUUAUAUAAACUCGGGUCUCGAGAGCGACACCGAAACUACUCGUAACUCGACGUUAAACCGAAACAAGAAGAAACAGAGGUCGCGAUCCAAGUCUCCCGAACACCACCGAAGGGACCGAAUUUCCACUGAAAUGAAGAAACACUUCGAUUAUCAAUUGGUAGAUCCGCUGGCGAUGACUGAAAAUGAAAAGAAAGACAUUAAAUACACUAAAAUAGAAACCGACAGCCGUUUGUUUAAGAUUCGUUAUUCGCCUUCCGGUGGUCGACAUCGAUAUAAAUUAGAGACCAUUCCUACAGAAACGGAAAACUCUUCGCUGAAAAAUAAGUGCAAAUCAAACGAAGAUAAUUACGUGACAAAUGAUGGCACUUAUAAUGAACUCAAUUAUAAUUCGUUGAAUCGCUUUAAUGGCAACCGCAAGAGUCAGGACAGCAAUACCAGUGCAUCGAGUAGUCACGUAUCGAAUUCGUAUAAAAUCGAGGGCUCCGACAGCACCGGAAGUGGGCUCUCCUUCGAGCCCUCCUUCAUCGCCGACGUCAGUCUCUCCUCCCGUUUCUAUUACUUCAUUCCCGAGAAGACGUUCGUCUAUAUUCCCGGCUUAUAUUAG